CUCUCUCUCUCUCUCUCUCUAAAUGAAGUUUCCUGUAUUCUGGACCGUUUUCUUUCUCUAGCUAAAGCCGUAGAGCCAGACGACGACGGCUACAAGGGGAUUUAUGGCCAAAAGCUUUGAUUUUGACGUCCCAGAGCUUCCAAUCCUUCCUUUUUUGUCGAGGAUGAUGGAGGAGUAGAAGAGCUGCGACAUAAAAAUCGGAUCUUUUACCAGCCGUCGUUGUGAAUACCCGAGCUUUAUCCAGCGGCCAUCAACGAACCUCCGUUUCUUGUUUUCUUAAUUCCGGAAUCCUUAGUUGGUUGGUCCUGCAUAAUCCGUUUCGCCCAAGACAUGGCGGAGGUGCUCCGAUUCCGCUCUCGCUUUUCUUCGUCGCCCCCAAGGCGGGAGAUUUAUUGCGACCCGAGCGAUGGCUCCGGCGGAGAGGAUGAGGAGGAAGGGCGAGGGUGCAGCAGCCGCGAAGCGGUAGAGAGGAAGGAGGAAAGGAAGAGUGGAGGAGGCGAGGAAGAGGAAGGGCAGCUGUCGGUGUUAGCGUUGCUGCUGACGGUGCUCCGGAAGUCGCUGUUAGGGUGCAAGGCGGUGGCUGUCGUCGACGAGGCCAUGGAGAUUAGCUGGCCAACGGACGUGCAGCACGUCGCCCACGUCACAUUCGACCGGUUCCGCGGCUUCCUCGGCUUGCCCGUCGAGUUCGAGCUGGAGGUUCCCCGCCGAGCCCCCUGCGCAAGUGCAACCAUCUUUGGCAUUUCCGCCGAGUCUAUGCAGUGUUCAUAUGAUUCCAGAGGCAAUAGUGUUCCGACGAUUCUGUUGCUAAUGCAACGUCGUCUUUAUGAGCAAGGCGGCCUUUGGGCAGAAGGAAUUUUUCGAAUCAACGGUGAAAAUGACCAAGAAGAGUAUGUGAGGCACCAGCUGAAUAACGGCAUAGUGCCGGAGGGCAUUGAUGUUCACUGUUUAGCAGGCUUACUGAAGGCUUGGUUUAGAGAACUUCCAUCGGGAUUGUUGGAUUCACUUUCAUCCGAUCAGAUAAUGCAAUGCCGAACCGAGGAAGAUUGUGCUCGACUAGCCACAUUGCUGCCCCCGACUGAGGCUGCGUUGCUCAAUUGGUCUAUCAACUUGAUGGCUGAUGUUGCCCAACAAGAACAUCUGAACAAGAUGAAUGCACACAACAUUGCAACUGUGUUUGCCCCAAACAUGACUCAGAUGGCAGAUCCUUUGACAGCAUUGAUGCAUGCAGUGCAAGUGAUGAACUUUUUGAGGAUGUUGAUCUUGAAGACCCUCAAAGAGAGACAAGGUUCUUCGUUCGAUGAUGUAUUCGUCUUCAGUGCUGAUCCAUCCGACGAGAAUGGUUGCGGCAGCCCUCCGUAUAAUCUCAAGAUUUGCAAUCAUCAGGGAAGUCACCAUGUCCAUGUCAUAAAGCAUCAACAACCUCUUUUGCUAAAUCCUUUUCGAGUUGCCAGAGAAAAGUCCAGCUCUUAUGAGAAUUCUGCAUCUAAGGAGAAUGCAUUGACCUUAACUGGAUCAUCGAAUGCCCAGGAAUUAUCGACAAAUUGUCGUAAUUUUCCAGUUCAUUCAAACUCUCCGAGAAAGAAGGGACGCAGGUUGAGCAGUCCAAAUCACAGGAAAGGAAGAAGAACAAAAGGAGCUAAAGCUUCCAUGCAAGAUGAGAAAUCACAAGAAACAAGUAACUUGAGUCGUAUAAAUUCGAAGGCCGAAUGCGUAGAGGCUAUUUGAUCGUCGCCAUUAAUCAGUUCUUCUUCUUUGUUUGUUCCUCUGUUAGAAGCAUGUUGUUCCAGUGUUCAUACAUUCUCAGCUUCAAGAUUGAAUCUUGAAUAGUCAAGGUUCCAUCUGUGUUCUACUACUAUACGUUCAAUCGUAACAAAAGAUGAUUGCAAUCAUCUUAGAUACGGGUGGAAUACUACUAUGGCUACGUUUAGUUGGAUCUAAUGUAAUAGAACGAUGAUUAUAUUUUUUUGUUUGGUGUCCA